GUGAUCCAUGCUUGAUUUUCGCGCGGAAGUGCCGGUCUGAAAUGGAACAGAAAGACAUUGAAUGGGAGCUGGAAGAAGGGAUUCCUCAGCUCGAGGACCCUUUCAUCCAGCAAUAUCUGAAAGGUCGAGAUUCGUUGAUCUCGGAGGAACAGAAACAGCGUCAUGAUGCCAAUUUUCGUAAGGCCCUGACGCCUAUGGCUGCUCGGGCUUGCGACAUCGUGGCCCGGAUACGUGAUCAAGAGUUUAGGCAGAUGCUAGGAAAGCACAGGGAUGGAUCAGAUGAUUCAUCCAGUCCUGCAGAAACCUCCCGACUUUGGAAGGUUGUGCAGAAAUUACCCAAGGGCUCCCUGUUGCAUGUAUAUUUGCACGCAGCAGUCGAUAUCGACUUUAUCGUCAACGAGGCACUGACCACACCGGGACUCCACAUUUGUGCCUCCCAACCAUUAGCUCAGGGGGAAGACUGCAAAAGCGUCCCUUUCCACUUCCGUUACUCGACUCGCCGUGCCAGUGAGUCCGAAGCUCGGCCGAAUAUAUGGACGGGAACAUACCACCCCGGGGCUCUAGUGCCUGUCUCAGAAGCGGCAUCCUCGUUUCCUGAUGGCGGAGAACCCGGAUUCCGUCUUUGGCUUCAACAGCGGUGCACCAACACGCAGCGUGAAUCGGGCCAGUCUACAGGAACUAACGAGACUACGACGUUUUCAGAAGUCUCCCUUCCCAUUCUCAACUCCCUUCUCAGCUACGAGCCAAUCCUGCGCUCGUGUCUGCGCCGCAUUUUCAGGCAGCUUGCGGCCGAUAACAUCCGAUAUGCGGAACUUCGAAACGUGUUUAGCGCACCGUUUACACUAAAAGGAGCAAACACCUUCGAGGAAGGAUACACAGCAUGGUGUCGAGUCUUCCAAGAAGAAGUUGAGCAGUUCAAACGCACAGACGAAGGGCGGAGCUUUCACGGCGCGCGGGUCAUAUGGGCAACACUACGAUCGCUGCCCACGAAGCAAUUUGUACAGAGCAUGCAAGAGUGUGUGCUGGCAAAAUUAGACGUGCCGGGCGUCAUCUGUGGGUACGAUAUCGCCGAACCUGAGGACGGAGGCAAGCCCCUUGUGGAGCUCGUCCCACUACUGUUUUAUUUCCGCAGGCUGUGCGCCGAAGAGGGCGUCGUUAUCCCGUUCCUGUUUCAUGCUGGAGGCAAUCUUGGAGACGACGACAAUGUGGACCGCAACCUAUUCGAUGCCAUAUUGUUGGGUACACGCAGGAUAGGUCACGGGUCCUCGCUUCAUCGACACCCGCUGCUCGUCGAUCUCGUCAAGGAGAAGAAAAUCCUCAUUGAAAGCUGUGUACGCUCCCACGGGGCACUCCGUAUUGCAGACGCGGUCCAGUCUCAUCCACUCCUAGCCCUCUCAUCGCGCGGUGUCCCCGUCGCAUUGUGCAGUGGUACUCCGGGCGUGUGCGGGCAGAACGCCAAUACGCUGACACUGGAUUACUGGACCGCACUCCAGGGGUUCCAGAGCCUCGGACUGACUGGCGUUGCGAUGAUGAUGGAAAACUCUAUCCGGUGGAGCUGCUAUGAAGACCAAACACUCUCGGAAUGGCUAUCUGGGAUUGGCGAGGGGGUUACUGGGAGUGGAGUAAAAGCGUCUCGAUUACGGGAGUGGUACGAAGAGUUUGAAAAAUUCUGUGAAUGGGUCUUGGAGGAGUUUUAUGAGCUCGAUUUAGACGACUGAUCCUCUAUCAAACGAUUUUUGUCCUGUUGUUGAACAUCCCUGUUGGGCCCAUCCAUGCAUGCGUAGUGUUUACGGGGAUAUGCUGAGUAAUAAUGCAUACAACUGCACAAGGCUUUCCUGUCUAGUAAUUAUCAAGUGAUACCUACCGAUCAAAACUCG